GAGCAAAAACGAAUGCUAAACCAGGUCUGGAAAUGAAAAGCCGGCGCGUUGGAGCCACUAAACAACGGGUUCCUAAAGAAAUUGAUGGUGCACGAGGCGAGAAAAUAUUCUUACGCUGGAUAGUUGAAGGAGCCAGAGAAAAAAAAACUCCUUACUUAAUGUCCGAAAAAUUGGCUGAGGAAAUCCACAACGCUUACAACAAAUCGGAGAGGCUUUCAAAAAAAAAAAAGAGACCCUCUACAAAGAAGCCGAAUCGGGUCGGGUUUUCUCCUCUUUCUUGA